UCCCUGCAGAUAGGUUACUGUAUGGAACAGGACUAGCCGUGUCUAGAAAUGGAGGAGCUCAAAAACAGAUCAGUGAAAAGAGAUGGAAGGCACAGGGAUACAUGGGAUCCUUUCCAAUUAAAUCCUAUUGGUGCAGAAAAAGAGCAAAAAAGAAGAUGCUUCAUUUUAGCCCAGCAUCUGGUGGCUGUGAUUGUCGGGCUCUUUGUCCUUUUCUGCUUAGUUAUCAGCAAGGGAUCGUUGCUUGUUAUCUCCAUUUUUGCAAGUCCAAGUUCUCUGAGUCAAAGGGACCAACCAUUUUAUAUCCUCAUGCUGGCAUUCUGCUUGAUAAUACCGAAUGUCCUCAUUUUCCUGAAGUCCCUCUGGAAGUGUGCGUUCAAGAACUUUGUCUCCCCAAACAUGAGGACAAUGGGAUUGGUGUUGCUAAUUGAAGCCUUUGUUUCACUAGGAACAUCUCUACUUGUGAUAGUAGUCAUGCCUCACUUUGAUGUCCUGACGAACCUUUUUAUCUCUGGAAGUGUUUGCUUUCUUCCAUCACUUUUACAAGUCGUCUUCCAAUUACAGAAAGAGAACUGGAAAAUUGUGUUCCCGGCUUGUUCCGUCGUACUUGUGCUGAUAGGCUACGUUCUCUUAGGAGUAGAUUUUUACAUUAGAAAAACGUCUUAUGUGGCUAAUGAUCAAAAUAUAUAUUAUCAUUAUGUAGGGAUUGCAAUUUUUUCAUCCAUAUUAAUUUCCUUCAAUUGGUGGGAGAACUCCCUACAGGCUAUCGAUAAAAUGAAGGACAAGCUGGCAGAAUUAGAUAGUUUCCGAGACUUUAUGAUGAUAAUCUCCAGUCUCCUGAGGACAGCUGUUGUUGGUGUGGUGUUUGCUGUUUAUUACCAAAUUGCUUAUGAUGGAGUAUGGUCUUACUUCAGCAAUAUUAACAGUGACACACUCAAUAUAGGGGUUGGGCUGUUUUUCUUACAAGCUUUUUCCUCUGCUAUCGGACAUUGGUUUGGGGUGGUGGCUUGUAAGAUUCACGCAAUCAGAGGCAGCUUUGCUCUGCCUGUUGUCUUGACAACACCCGCUGUACUCAUUUCGGCUGUGGUUAUUUUUCUAACAAAGUUUGAAGAAAUGGACAGAAGGCUGGAAAUAGCAAAUUUCACAAUAUCGACAUUUUGCAGAAAGCUAAAAGCAGAACGAAACAUCACUACACUAGAUGAAAUUUCCAACAGCAUUUGCAGAACCCCAGUGCAUAACUAUUAUGAGAUCUGGCCCAUCAGCGUGCUCGGGGUGGAAGGAUUGUGUUGGUGGAUGGCGCUGUUGUGUGGUACCUACUAUGUCUGGAGCCUGAAAGUCCAGCGAAUUGAAAGAACAUCGCAGAUAUUUGUUCGCAGGCUGUACGAGUCAGCCUUUCUGGAUCAGUCACUUCUCCUCAACACCAAGAUGAGAGCUGUCAAAACCAGAAAUCAGGAAAGUCAAGAUGAAAUUGAAAGCUGUGUGAUAUACCUUUGUGCAACUAUGUGGCAUGAAACAUAUGAUGAAAUGCUGAAGAUCCUUACAUCAAUGUUUAGAUUGGACAGAUACAGAGGAGAUCCAAAAGAGGAACAUAAGGAUAAUUUUGACUUUGAAUGCCAUAUAUUUGUGGAUGAUUCAUUUCAGAAAGACAAGGAAACCAAGUUUGUAAACACAUAUGUGAAUGACUUAAUGCAUGUGAUAAUAGAAGUGUUCAGGGUAUUCACAAACAAAGAGCCCGAUGACGUGUCUAUCAUUGAAACUCCAUAUGGGGGAAGACUGAUGUUUGUACUUCCAGAGGGAAACAUGCUAUAUAUUCACCUUAAAGAUAAAGAGCUGAUCCGUAACAAGAAGAGAUGGUCACAGAUAAUGUAUAUGUACUAUCUGCUUGGUUGGAAAGGCUAUAUUUCAAAGAAUCCUUCAAAAAUAAAGAGAAAUGACAACCCCUGUCGUGCAAGCCUUAUAUCCUUGGAUGGAGAAAGUUUCCUUUUGCCAGGUUGUGAUAAUGACAACAAGCGAAAAUUCAUCUCGGAUGAGAAUGUAUACGUCAUGGCAUUGGAUGGGGACACAGACUUCCACCCCUCUGCCUUAAUCUUGCUGGUAGAUCGUCUUAGGAUGUACCCUAACGUAGGAGCAGCCUGUGGAAGAAUUCAUCCCACGGGAAUGGGACCAAUGGUGUGGUAUCAAAAGUUCAAGUAUGCCGUGGGGCACUGGCUCCAGAAAACAGCUGAGCAUGUGUUUGGAUCUGUGCUCUGCAGUCCAGGGUGCUUCAGUCUGUUCCGAGGAUCAGCAAUAAUGGAUGAUAAUGUCAUUAAGAGAUACACCACCAAGGCAACAAGGGCAAGCGAAUACGUUCAAUAUGAUCAAGGUGAGGACCGCUGGCUGUGCACACUGCUGCUGCAGCAGGGCUGGAGAGUGGAGUACAACGCUGCCUCAGAUGCCUACACCAACGCCCCCCAGGAGUUCAAAGAGUUCUACAACCAGAGGCGCCGCUGGGGGCCCUCCACCCUGGCAAACACACUUGAUCUCCUACACAGUGGAAAAGAAACCUCCAAAAAGAAUACCUCCAUUUCCAUGCUGUACAUUUUCUAUCAGAUCUUCACUGUGGGCUCGUCAAUUCUGGGACCUGCCUCUGUCUGCCUCAUGAUAGCAGGUGCGUUCACAUUUGUGUUUGGAAUGGAGGGAACCCUGGCCAUCAUCUUAGCUGUCAUCCCUCCUGUAGUGUAUUUAAUCUUGUGCUUCACAACCAAGCCUGACUUCCAGAUCAGCGUGGCAGCCGUUCUGAGUGUCAUGUACGCCUUUCUGAUGACAGCCUCUUUCUUUUCGAUUAUAGGUGAAAUGGUGGAAGAAAAGACAUUUAUCACACCAACAGGUAUAUUUCUUGUUUCCAUGAGCAUCUUGUAUUUUGUAACAGCCAUUCUCCAUCCCCAGGAGUUCUCAAUGAUAAUCUAUGGGCUGAUGUACGUCAUCUGCAUUCCAAGUGGUUACCUCUUGCUGGCAAUAUAUUCAUUCGUCAACAUGCACAUCGUGUCCUGGGGAACCCGGGAGUCUAAUCGGGACAAGGAGGAAGGGAAAUCCGUCGGGGUUCUUUGUGACAGGACAUGCAGUCUGUGCUGCUGGGAUCUGCAAUUAAAAGUUGAGACUGCAGGAGGCAAGCCAGUAUAG